UUCCCUAUGAUCAUAAUCUUCUUUCUCUUCUCUUCUCUUCAAGCAAAAGAAAAACCUUCUCUCUCUUUCUCCCUAUGAUCAUAAUCUUCAAUUUUUCAAGCUAAAUGAUCCAUUAAGAACCCUACGAUUUCAACAUGAGCAACAGCAACAAUGUAAUUAUCACCACCUCCACCUCCAAUGGCAGUUAACAAUGCCCAUUCCAAUCCGCAAGAUCCCGCUUCCUACUUCCUGAAGCUCACGCGGCAAUACUCCCUGCCGUUGCCGUCCCUGAUAACAGGAGUCCAAACCAAGAUGGCUACUUUAGCCCCUCUGAGGAAUGAAACUCAACUAGUUCAAAGCAUAUGUGCAGCCGUACUAAAGGGCGGCUGGAAGAAUCUCUUGACAUCCAAAACGGGGUCUGGUCUCACCACAACAACCGUUCACCAGGUACUAUUGCAGCUUUCUUUAUAUAAUCAUAGUCCUUCUCUUUCUUGGGCAUUCUUCAAAUGGAUGGAAUCAUCGAUACCUAAUUAUAAACACUCGUUACAAUCUUCGUGGACAAUGAUUCACAUUUUAACCAAGCACCAACACUUCAAGACUGCACAGUGUUUAGUUGAGAAGAUUGCUUACAAGGAUUUCUUGUCAACUCCAUCAGUUUUGAGUGCUCUAGUGAGGCUUCAUGACGACCCAGAUGUGAAUUCUCAUGUUUGUAGCUGGCUUGUGAUAGUUUAUGCGAAUUCCAAGAUGACACAGGAAGCUCUUCAGGUUCUUGAGCACAUGAGGGUACAUGGGUUUAGGCCACAUUUGCAUGCUUGUACUGUCCUAUUGAAUUCUUUGGUGAAGGAUAGGCUGACUGAUAUGGUGUGGAAAGUUUAUAAGAAGAUGGUUAGAAUUGGAGUUGCAGCUAAUAUUCAUGUCUACAAUGUGUUGAUUCAUGCUUGUUGUAAAUCCGGGGAUGUGGAGAAAGCAGAGAAGUUACUAAGUGAAAUGGAAUCAAAAUGUGUUCUUCCUGAUCUGUUCACAUACAAUACGUUAAUUUCAUUGUAUUGCAAAAAGGGUAUGCAUUAUGAAGCUUUGUGUGUUCAAGAUAGAAUGGAUAGGGGACGAAUAAGCCCUGAUAUUGUUACUUAUAAUUCACUUAUUUAUGGUUUUUGUAGAGAAGGUAGAAUGAGAGAGGCACUGAGGCUUUUUAGGGAAAUUAAAAAUGCUACUCCUAACCAUGUGACUUACACUACCUUGAUUGAUGGGUAUUGUAGAGUGAAUGGCCUUGAUGAAGCAUUGAGAUUGCGAGAAGUUAUGGAAGCAAAAGGGCUGUAUCCCACCGUUGUUACUUACAAUUCAAUUCUGUGCAAGUUAUGUGAGGAAGGCAGGAUAAGAGAUGCAAAUAAGCUCCUCAAUGAGAUGAAUGAAAGGAAGAUUGAACCGGACAAUAUCACAUGUAACACAUUGAUUAAUGCUUAUUGCAAGAUAGGGGAUUUACAGUCAGCUUUAAAAGUGAAGAGCAAAAUGGUGGAUGCUGGUUUGAAGCUAGAUAAGUUUACUUACAAAGCGUUGAUCCAUGGAUUCUGCAAAAUUCAGGAGAUGGACAGUGCCAAAGAGCUUUUAUUUAGCAUGCUUGAAGCAGGAUUUUCUCCUAGUUACCACACCUAUUCAUGGCUUGUAGAUGGUUUCUGUGAUCAACACAAGGAAGAGACAGUUAUCAGACUCCCAGACGAGUUUGUACGAAGAGGUCUUUGUGCAGAUAUAUCCUUAUACAGGGCACUAAUAAGGGGAUUUUGCAAAAGAGAAAAGGUUGAUUGUGCUCAAAGAAUAUUUAAGCUCAUGCAAGAGAAGGGCAUACCGGGAGAUAGUGUUACACAUACUAGUCUAGCAUAUGCAUACUGGAAACUUGGAAAGGCAAACGCCGCUUCAGAUAUGUUGGAUGAAAUGUACAGAAGAAGGCUUAUGAUUACAGUGAAAAUUUACAAGUGUUUUAAUGCUUCUUAUGCUGGUGACAGCAGCAUCUUAAGUCUCUUCUGGGAUCAUAUGGUUGGCAGACGCUUAAUGUCAAAGAGUAUAUUAAAAGAUUUGGAGCAGAUAAAUUAACAUUCAUGAGGGAAUCUAAGGCUUGGAAAAUUUGCCAGCUUCAAUGCCUAAUGUUAUUUUUAGGUGACACUGUAUACUGGUUCUCCUCUCAGCAUGAGAUGUCAGAUGUUGAUUGGACUAAGAAGAAGAUGAUUGCAACUAUAUUCUUCCUGACCAUACAAUAAAGUUCUAGAGAACCAAAACUGUGAGGAGAAACUUGAUGUAUAGAAUUGUGCAAGUGUUUUUAAUGUCCAGAAGACAGAUAGCGGCAUGAAGCACGUCUGUUCAUGGCCAAAAUGUGGAGUUCAUUGUAAAAAUAAAGCAGAUGUCUUCUUGCUAAUGCACUGCGACUUCUCUUUGCCAAUUCUCUUUGUUGAUGAGCUGAUAUGUAUAAGGCUUAGCUGGAAUUCAACUGGAAAAGGUUCUGAUGAGAAUGUGAAAUUUCGAAUCAUGAUGCAAAUUAAUGCACAGUUCUGAGAUCUGCAUCAAUUUUUAAGAUAAGCAACCAAAAAAGAAGGCCAGUAUAUUAGUACCUUGAUCCAGAUAGGGAUUUCAAUUUACUGGUUUUAUUCUGGAUCUAGGGUAGAAUUGGAUCUACAGUGGUGUGGAAUGGAGAGAGAGAGGAAGCUCAAGGAAUCUAGAUGCUUAUUAAUUUAUGAGGGAUAUGCUGAUUUCACGCCUCUGGUGAGAGACUAUCACAGACCUUACUAGUCAUAUCAAUGUGGCAAUUUUAUUACGCUAUGGUCUUGAUCUUAACUUGAGUCUCUAAGAUGGAACUGAACUAUUAGUUUCUUAAAGUUGUGCAAGUUCCUGGAAAUCUGGAAUGUUGGUGGUAGUGGUAGCAUUAAUGUGGUAUUAUGAUGGUUAAGCAAUGCUGCAAUUGAAAGGCUCAUGACUUUAUAUUAAAGCUGAUAUUUAAAAUUUUGUAGUAGUAUUUUUCUCUUUUUUAUGACUUCAUUUGCGUUAUACUAUUUGUUGGUAACUGAUCCUUUGGCAAUGGCAAGAGGAGUUAGCAUUUACGUAAAGUGAUUGUCUUCUGGGUUUGUAUCUAUACAAGUCUUUACAGAGCAUUCCUAAGCGACCCAAGAAAAAGCAAUUGAUGAGCAUCAGAAAUCUUGGACAAAUACAAAGAAAUUAUAUUGAUCUUGUACAUGAAACAGUUUGGAGUUGACCUUUGUCUAAAUUCAUAACUCCUUUGCUGCCUCUUCAGAGAAUCCUUGGCAGGUAAGCUCUAGUGACUUUAUACUGUGAAAAUUCAAAUAAGUCUAAUUUCAUCUUUUUUAUCAAAUUAGCUCCUGAAAUUUUUUAUGCAAGUUCAAAUUAGUCCUGCUCUAAUAAAACAUUGUAUUUUUAUUGGUAUUAUAUUAUUUUCUAUAAUUUUUAAAUGUUGACUAUUUUUAAUUAAAACAAAACUUGAAGAACACAAUCAAUAUUCUAGAAAUUAACAAUAAAGCUAGCCAAAAAAUAAAGGACAUCUUCAACCCAGCGCUCGUGUUGUUUAGCAGCUUAAUUGAUUAGAGAUUACCAGAAUGAAUGAACAUACAGCUCAUUUAGCAAACUACACACACCUCAUUUAUUCACUCAAAAAUUUAACCCAGAAUAAAAAUAAUGAUAAUGAUUAUAAAAAAAUAAAUGGUAAGGGGAGAAAUAUAGCAAUGACAUUGAAAGCAUUCUCCCUCAUCAAAGGGCUAAAAAAUCUCAACCUCAAUAAUGGCGAGGCAAAUAGCAUGGUAAGCUUGAAUCUAAUUUUGACAAACGUACAUAUCAAGCAUUGCAUUGGCUUUAAAGCAUGGCAGCUAUAACACCAAAUCAAGAAAUCUCUCAAGGCAUUUGAGCUUAUAGUUGAUCAGAGUUUUUCGGUUGUUUUCUGCUUUUAUACUAACCAACGAGAUGCUGAUUAGGCCAAGGGCCAAGCUCAGGUAAUCACCUUUGAAAAAAAACUCCUUUUAUGCUUUUAGUGUUGCAUUAUCAAAUAAACUCUUUCUCUGCAUAGAGAAAUAACCAGGGAAAUUGUUUUGCUUUGGGAGAAGACUAGCAACACGAUUGACAGGGCUAGCAGUGCUGCUCAAUCAGCACAGGAUUCAGUUCAAGAGGUUAUUUUUCGUUUUUCUUUUUUUGGGGAUCAACAAUAUGAGCUUUGACAAGCAGACAAACACUAUUUUCUAGCUGGAAUGACGUCGAAUUUGCUGAUUAUGUCACUGAGAUCUUCUGGCAGUUAAAAUUAUGACUGUAUUGCUUUGCUGGCAUAUAACAACCACAGGAGUCCUCAGUUGCCUAUCUUCUCGAAGACUCGCAGCGUGAGAUAGUGGCCGACACUGUAAAUGCUAUGCUCUUGUCAACAAAUCCCAAUGUGGAGGAUUUGCAGGCCUGCAUGCGCUCGUAUCUUGAGAGGUUACUCAGGCAGCUUACUGCUUGCUGUUUGGAGAGCAGGUCCCUGAAUAUUGAUCAAGGCGAAGCUUUCCAUUUGCAGAGAGUACUUAACAGUGGCAAGAAGGCCAGGUGCUAACUCACAUGAUCUUGUGACAAUCUCUUCCAUCUUUCACUGUUCAUAUUGCCAGUAAACCGCGGAAAUUUAGCGGCAAAUAAGUCAACAAUCACUGCCAAGUACAGUUGACUUUGACUAGUGAAGCAAAUGGGCAUACAACACAAUAAAUACAAACAUGAAUAAACUCUUUCCUAAUUCAA